GGUCUUAAAAAAUCUCUUAUCAAGAAAGAGCUUACCCAUAAAAUAUUCGAGGACUGUGUUUUAGAAGGGAAAGAGGAUAAGCCACGAACUGCUCAAUUCCUCCGAAGUUAUAGGCAUCGAAUGUACAGGAUAAAACAAACAAAGAGAAGUGUUAAUCUACUAGAUACGAAAUUGUGGAUAGCUCAAGAUAUGGAAACGACAUAUUUAUAUGGUGAUUGCGAAAUUCCAGAAGAAUAA